GGUGCCAGAAUAGCUCCUCAAAGCCCUUCUUCUAGGGCUAGGGCUUGGGAGAUCGCGAGCGAUGGCGGAGGGCAGCAUUGCCAAGCGCUCGCGCGCCGAUCGCGUCCCGCUCAAGGCGCUCGCGCGCGUCGCGUCCGUGGCCGCGGGCGUGCAAUUCGGCUGGGCGCUGCAGCUAUCGCUGCUCACGCCCUACGUCCAGGAGCUCGGGAUUCCUCACACUUUCGCGAGCUACAUUUGGCUGUGUGGGCCGAUCUCGGGGAUGUUCGUCCAGCCCAUCGUGGGAUUCUACAGCGAUCACUGGGAGGGGAAGUGGGGGAGGCGGCGGCCAUUCAUUGUCCUAGGCGCGAUUUUGGUGGUUAUCUCGGUCUUGAUCAUCGGCUUCGCGGCCGAUCUGGGUUACAUUCUUGGCGAUACUCCCACCAGGAGGCCCAGAGCCAUCGGGAUCUUUGUGGUCGGGUUUUGGUUCUUGGAUCUGGCUAACAACACUCUCCAGGGUCCCUGUAGAGCACUUCUAGCGGAUUUCACUGGGAGAGAUCAGCGAAGAAAUCGCCGGGCAAAUGCGUUCUUCUCGUUUUUCAUCUCGAUUGGAAACAUUCUCGGGUUUGCAGCGGGAUCUUAUAACAAUUGGCCAAAGAUCUUUCCUUUCACAGAGACCAGAGGUUGCAACCGACCAUGCGCCAACUUAAAGUCGGCUUUUAUGAUCGACUUGAUCCUGCUCAUCGUGACGACCCUCUUGAGCAUUACAGCGGCCCAAGAAAUCCCGUGGUCACCACUGACGAAGGCCCAGAAGCACGGUGUGAGUACUCCCACCACCCCGCUGAUUCCCGACAAGCCAGAUCCACAGUACGCCGAUGAUCCAGAGAACGUAAACGACGACGAUGAAGACGAGGAAGAAGAAUCCGAGGCCUUCUUCUGGGAGCUUGUGGGAACUUUGCGAGAUCUUCCGCGACCAAUGUGGUGCAUCCUCUUGGUGACGGCGUUAACUUGGCUCGCGUGGUUUCCAUUCACGCUCUUCGACACGGACUGGUUUGGAAGAGAGGUGUUUAAAGGCGAGCCCGGCUCCGCGACCGCGCAGAUUUACGACAGGGGUGUCCGAAUGGGAUCGUUCGGGCUGAUGCUCAACUCGGUGGUACUCGGGAUCACGUCCAUUGUAAUGGAACCACUUUGCCGGAUGCUCAAGCCGAGCUUCGUGUGGGGUAUCGGGAACUUUAUCAUGGCCGCGAGCUUUGCUGCGAUGAUAGCGAUUACUUACGCGAUGAAGAACACCGAUCGAGUAAUCCCGCCGACAGGAACAACCAUCGGUGCCCUCGUCGUCUUCGCGGCUCUGGGAGCUCCUCUUGCGGUGACUUACAGCAUUCCUUUUGCGCUGGCAUCGCAUUCCACGAACAACAGCGGAGGUGGCCAAGGCCUGGCAAUGGGAGUGCUGAAUCUGGCCGUCGUAGUUCCGCAGAUCAUUAUCUCGCUCGGUAGCGGUCCUUGGGAUGCGCUAUUCGGCGGUGGAAACGUUCCAUCCUUCGCGUUGGCGCUGGGAGCUUCUUUCAUUGGCGGAGUUCUCGCGUUUUUAAUCCUUCCAAGGCCGGCGCCAGAGUUUCGUUCCAGGAGUAUUCGCCGUACGAGAAGCUCUCCCAUACCAUAGGAGAAAGCGAUCACUCUUUCUCUAUAUUAUUCCUAUUGUUCUUUCCCUCUCCUAUUGUUCUUUCUCUAUUGUAUCAAUCAUAAUAAGCAUUUUAAAAUUUCUCUA